AUGUGCACAUCACGCCUUGCGUGUGCACUUACAUCACAGGAACAACCGGGAAUUAUUGAUGAGCUCAUGACUGAUCCGACCCUGCGUCGCACGCAGGAUUUGAGUUGUCCUAGUUGUGGAAAUUCCGAAUCUGUUAUGUUCCAGGAUCAAAGCAAGCGAACAUACAACAAAAUGAUCUUUUUCUAUGUUUGCUGCUACUGCAAUCAUCUAUUCCGUGACAAGCCCCUAGCAAAACCAGAUGAAGAUGUCGAUUAA